AUGCUGGACAGUGUGGUUAGGACAGUGGUGUUUUAUGGCCUUGACCCAUGGCUUAUGGCGACUACCGCCUUGCUAAACAUUGUGCUUUUCAUCCUUUACCGAUGCUAUUUCCAUCCGUUGUCCAAAUACCCUGGCCCAUUUUUAGCCAAGAUGAGCGAAAAUUACAUGAUUUACUUUGCCAUGUGUGAACGGAACACAUAUGCCCGACAUGAGCUUCACCAGAAGUUUGGUCCAAUUGUGCGUGUCGGUCCAAAUGAGCUGAGUUUCUCUGAUGAAGCUUCCAUCAAAGAUAUUUAUGGCCAAUCAACAAAUCCUUGCCUGAAGGCUCCUCAAUUUUAUCGAGGAUUUACAAUGACUGGAACGGAUUCUGUCUUCAGUACGAGAGAUCGUGUACUUCACGCACGAAUGCGCCGGCUCUUGGCCAAUGGAUUCUCUCAGAAUGGGGUACUCCAGUUUGAAGAAGAAAUCGCUCUGAUAGUCCAACGAUAUUUGGAUGUGAUUCAGAAAUCUACAUCCGAGUCCCAGCCGGUGGAGUUUCAUGAUCUGACUCACAGCCUGUUUGUUGAUAUAACCAGUACCUUGGCAUUUGCUCAGAAUUUCGAUACGCUCAGUGGUAAACAUAGUCAAGGAGCUACUGAUAUUGAUACCUGGUUUCAAGUCUGCCCUCUCUUUGGAUUAUUUCCCUUAUCAAUAUAUUUCCCAUUCGGAUUAUUCCGUACUGCUCAAAACGCCCGACCAAGAAUCCUUGAGGCAACUCAGUCUUGGAUUAAUCAAUUUCGAGAUCGGAUUCAAAGUGGAACAGCAGAAAAUGGCCUUCUUCGCUCGAUGAUACAAGCAAGAGACAUUGAGACAAAUACAGUGUUCAGUGACGCGGAGCUGCAAGAGAACGCUGUUAUAUUUGUGCUCGCUGGCACUGGCACCUCGGCGACAACUUUGCUUUAUUUCAUAUAUGAAAUGGGCAUAAGACCUGAGAUGCAGCGCCAUCUUGAACGAGAAAUCCGCGAAGCAUUCCCAGAUCGAAAUGUCAUGCCUGAUUACAACACAGCAAUGAAACUGCCCUAUCUGAACUGUGUUCUCCAAGAGGUCCUUCGUCUCAGAGGGCCCACGAACUCCGUUCCCCUGCGUAUCUCACCAGGAAAGUCUAUCGGCGGCAUCUUUGUACCCUCAGGAAUGAUGGUCAGUAACCUUCCUUACACGACGCAUCGAGACCCCGCGAUCUUUCCAGGGCCAGAGAAGUUUGAGCCGAGUCGGUGGGAGAAUCCUACAACAGAAAUGAAAAACAUGCACAGACCGUUCAGCGUCGGACCAAGAAACUGCCUGGGCGUGCACCUAGCCCGUGUUCAACUUCUCAUAACAGUCUGUGCACUUUACCAACGCUUUGAUAUGUCGAUUGAUUCCUCGAUGACAGCAUAUUUAAUGGAAUUGCGAGAUGUUGGUCUUAUGAGCCCUAUGGGCAGAACCUUGAAGGUGCAGGUUAAAUCGUCUUGUUAG